CCCACUCGAUAUACCAGGAAGAUAAAGGUCGCCUUUCCGCUGGAUGACAACACUUUGGCCAGUGUUGCGGGCGUUUAAGAUAAACAAACGACAAACUAGUUACUAACUAAUUAAGUACUAUAAUCGGUAAAGUACGCGGUAGUCGUCAUAAACUCGCUCGGCGCGUGUAGCUUGCUGCUACAGUUAGCCACUUCGCUAGUUUUUGCCAAAUUCGAGACUGAAAUUACCCAAAACUGCUGGUUCAUUCAAUAUGGGCUCCAGAGCGUCCACGUUACUCAGGGAAGAGGAGAUUGAAGAAAUCAAGAAGGAGACCGGCUUCUCCCACAGUCAGAUCACUCGUCUGUACAGCCGCUUCACCAGCCUGGAUAAAGGAGAGAAUGGAACUCUGAGUCGAGAGGACUUCCAGAGGAUUCCAGAGUUGGCCAUCAAUCCUCUGGGUGAUCGAAUCAUCAAUGCUUUCUUCCCUGAAGGCGAGGACCAGGUGAACUUUCGAGGCUUCAUGCGGACUCUGGCCCACUUCCGGCCCAUCGAGGACAGCGAGAAGAGCAAGAACCAGGCAACCACCGAGUCGCUCAACAGCCGGAACAACAAGCUGCUGUUUGCUUUCCGUCUUUACGACCUGGACAGAGAUGACAAGAUCUCACGAGACGAGCUGCUGCAGGUGUUGAGGAUGAUGGUGGGAGUGAACAUCUCAGACGAGCAGCUGGGCAGCAUCGCUGACAGAACCAUCCAGGAGGCUGACACCAACGGCGACAAUUCCAUUUCCUUUAACGAGUUCAUCAAGGUGUUGGAGAAAGUGGACGUUGAGCAGAAAAUGAGCAUCCGCUUCCUUCACUGAGUCAAUUGAUCAUUUUUUGGGAAACAUUUUUUGUUCAACUUUAUGGUCAGCAGGCGACGUGGUCCUCUGGGCUCGUAGAAACAAACGACACAUCUCCCUGCUCCGCUAACCAGAAGGUGAAAUGAUGUGCCUUGUUUUCCUCAAUUUAUUUAUUAGCAACGACUGCCGGAAAAGCAGGAAGUACAUUUACUUCAUUAUGCUUUAUGGAUCCUCUGGUGUGUGACAGGAAACAAUAACACUUUUUGCUGCUCCUUUUUUGUUUAGUUUUUAGCCCAGCUUUAGUACGGCUAUGCUAAGAUAACAACACGCCGCUUUGUAUGUUUUCAUCAUUUCUGGCAGCACAUUCUCCUUCCUCGUGCUAAAGUCAAUCAGAAGCCGUCUUUUCUCUCGUACAAGCUAAUAUAAUAACAAAGAAAUAGCGUAGCUGUGUGACGACUAAGAAGGAAACACUUGUAAAGUAUUCAUAAGGAUUCAUAUUGUUGGUUCUAAUAAUCAUGGGUCAGAUUUAUUUAGACUGAAUAAAAAUAAUGUGCCAUGUU